CUUUUUGAAAGACGAUUAAUCGAGAAGUCCUUGGAGGCGUCGAAAGGUGUCUGCCCUGUCACGGGCAACGAACUGAGUGUGUCAGACUUGCUUCCGGCAAGCCACAGCGCGAAUCUUGCGGUACGCCCGCGGCCGUUGACAGCAACGUCGCUCCCGGGGAUGCUAGCGAUGUUUCAAAAUGAAUGGGAUGAUGUGAUGCUGGAAACCCACGUUAUCAAACAACAGCUUCACGCAACCCGCAAAGAACUCUCGCAUGCACUUUACCAACACGAUGCAGCGUGUCGUGUGAUUGCGCGUCUUGUGAAUGAGCGGGACGAGGCGCAGAGGCUCGUGGCCGAACUGCAACGCAGUCUCGCAGGCAAGCUAACGUCGGAAGGAAUCUCAAGCAACACACCGAAUAUUAGCAAGGAUGGGCUAGGCCCUGAAGUCAUCACGCACUUGACAGAUUUCUGGAAGAAAACAUCCAGGUCACGCAAGAAACGACCGGUGUCAAGGCAACUGAGCCCUGCUGAAACAAUAAUUGGCUGGUCGAAGAAGACGUCCAUGGAAUUGUUUAAUUCAAAUUCGGGUGCAACAGAUGUCGCUAUUUGCCAGCUUUCAGGUGCAAUCGUCUGUGCUGGCGGAAAAUCUGGUGUUGCUUGGCUCGCCGCGGCCAGUGCCCCUGCCGCCACAAGUAAAGGUUGUGUUGCGGAUACAUGUUCCAUCAUUCCGGGUAGUGCAUCCUCACCGGGCACGGUAUUUGCAACCUCAGGCGGCGACAAAAUAACUCUCUGGAAAGCCAACGAGAAGGACCUCUCGACCGUUGCGUCUGUCAGAGUCCCUGGCGCUGCAUCUGUGGCAGCUCACCCAACAGGAAGCUACGCCGCAAUUAUUAGCAGCAAUGCAAGCUGGGGUCUCGUGGCGUUUGGCACUGAGAUGAGUACGCUACGCGAGCUAAGUCUGGUGAUGCCUGAUGAUCCUAGCGAAGCUCCGUCUGCACCACUUAAGUUCCACCCAGACGGCCUCAUUCUUGCAACGCCGACAACUUCAUCGCAGGGGCAUGUUGUCCGUAUUUGGGAUGUCAAAGAGCAGAAGAGUGUUCACGCUUUCGAAGGUCAUUCGGCACCUGUCUCGUGCGUCGCCUUCUCAGAGAAUGGCUAUUACAUGGCCUCCUCUUCUAUCGAUACCUCCGUCAAGAUUUGGGACCUUCGUAAACUCAUCGAAUUAAAAACGAUCAAUAACUGUGAUAGGGUAACUGCCCUAGCCUUCGACCGCAGCGGCAAAUACUUGGCUCACGCCUCUGCUACGCGCAUUCAAAUUCACGCGGUGAAGGAAUGGAGCACACUGAGUGAACUUGAAGUGGAUGGGCAGAUUCGUGCGCUUGACUUUGGUAUCGAUGCAGAAUUUGUCGCAGCUGCCUCUUCCAAGGGCAAUCUCGACUUUUUCGGUUCGUGCAACUAGUACUAAAGCUUGGUGUGUUCGUCUCAUACGCCCUUGCGUUCGCCUUACACUUUGCUUGAUGAGAGAAUUUAGCACCAGGCUACGCGAGAGCUUCUCUUCAAGCACAGAAAGCAGCCCCUGGGGCUGACGGACCAGGGGCCGGCGUCGCUGGCCAGUGUGGAAAACAACUUUAGGACCUAGCCGGACCUAGCCCCGUCGACAUAGCGAUAUGUUUGAAGCGUAGGGCAGUAACAUAUCCCGCCGGCGGGAUAUGUUAAGCGCCGUUAAACGCCGUUUAACAUAUCCCGCCGGCAGUAUAAGUCGGAACUAGUGGGAACCUAGGCCCCAAAUAACGCGCUAAUAACGCGUUAUAAACCC